AUUGAAAACUUGGUUUUUAUCUGUCUGGGGUUGAGUGGUAGAGUGAUAUGAUGAUGAUGAUGGCUGGACCCUUUGGGUGGGGCACUGUAGAUGAAGGGUGGAGAAAGGGUCCCUGGACUCCUGAAGAAGAUAAAUUGCUUAUUGAGUAUGUUAGAGUACAUGGUGAAGGAAGAUGGAAUUCAGUGGCUAGCCUUGCAGGAUUGAAAAGGAAUGGGAAGAGUUGUAGGUUGAGGUGGGUGAAUUAUCUACGGCCAGACCUGAAGAGAGGGCACAUAACUCCUCAAGAAGAGAAGAUUAUUAUAGAGUUGCAUGCUAGGUGGGGAAACAGAUGGUCCACGAUCGCACGUAGCCUUCCUGGGCGAACGGACAACGAAAUUAAGAAUUAUUGGAGAACCCAUUUCAAGAAAAGUGAAAAAUCCACUCAGAAGAUUGAUAAAGCAAAAACUCGUGCUUUGAAACGACAAGAACAAAAAAAGCAACAACAGCAGCAACAACAACAAUUGGAUAUGAAGACAUGCAUUUCCCAACUCGAAGAGGGCGAAUAUAAAGUAUCUCUCCCUCAAGCUAGGCUAGAGAUGUUUUCAAUGUAUCCCCCAGCAGAUGACCAAUGCAUGUCUACCAUGUUUCACACUGAUACUUCCCCGCCGGAUGCUGCAUUGAGUGAUGGCGGUCUGUGGGGUGGCCUGUGGAACCUUGACGACCUUCGUGCCGACAUCGACAACAUGUGUGCCACCAGCAAAGCCAUGGAAGAAGAAAUUCAAGUCACUCCUUCCUUCUAUCCAGGAUUUUUCAAUUAAGAAGUUUUGCUAAUCACACACUUGUGUGGAGCCCAUACUAAUUGCAUACUUCCAAAUGUGACAAUGCCGCACACACUUGCAAGAUCCUAGCCGUCCAUGCUGUGGGACCCCAACUUUUUCAUGUCCUGGCCCAGGAAUUAGGCAGGUCCAGUCAUGUUAUGUGGCUCAAUCAUUAUCUUAGUUGUCUAUUUGUUUCAUAUGGUGUAAAUCACCUCAUGAACCGACCAGCUUGAUUUUUUUUGGGUGGGGUCUCUAACAAAAGGGCCCACCUGAUGGAUGGCUAGGAUGGUCCACAUACGUGCCUCAAUGGUGCAUGUUGGGUUUUGGCUGCACAAGUGUGUCUGAUUAGCGUAUCUGUUUUACUAAAUUCCAUGCAAACAAGCAAGCAAGAGAGGAGUCGCUUGUUUGAAUUAGUGUAUGAACAUGUCUGUGUCUGUUGUAACCGUUGCUAUUUGUAAAGGGAAAAGCUUUAAUACUCUGGCAGAGUGUGGUGGUUGAUACUCAGGCACUAAGAAAUUGUACAUGUUGCAUACAAGUAACUUGAUCAAACCACCAAAAUUUUCAGCCCCAGUUUCGAUGAAUCAUAAACCACGUACGACACUAGUUUGAUUAUAUAUCUAGCUGAUGUUGGACAUUUAAUGGAUAGUUGAAAAAAAAAAAAUCCAAUGGUUGUAAUUCAUUGAACAAGUGUCCAAAAAUCAGAGGACACUAUCUUUCAACCAAUCUGAUUUUGGAGCUCCCACAUAUCAUCAGUGGGUCCCAAAAUUCGGACGGUUCCUUUGAGCUAAUGUGUGGUCCCCACAUCUCACUCUGCCCGAGUGUCCAAUAACUCUUCCUUGUAUUACUCCUUUUUUAACUUUAAAUGACGUUUCCAUGUCAUGUCCUUGGCCCCAUGGCAUGGAUACAUCAAUGACAUGUGUUUCAUUCUUCAAUGAAAAGGAUGUGUGUUUUGGAAGAGUUCUUUUUCUACACGAGUGGUAAUGAUCUAAUGGAGAAUGCUAAUGUGGUAUAGAGGCCACUCACAGUACACGUGGCAGAC